AGCCGAGGUUCUGCGGGACCCCCGUCCGCCCUGAGACAGUCCAGCCGCGAGGACCUACUCUGGUUGGAGUGCGUGCACGUGGUCCCAGCAGGCGGUGCCCUCGGGAGGCUCCCCACAGGAAAGGCUUCCUCUUGGGAGCUGAAGUCACAACCCCAGCGAGUCCUCUCUCCUCCCACACUCCCUCUGUCCUUCAGCCUGCGGGAACCUGAGCCGCAGAGGGCCAAGACGAUCGUGGAGGAUGAAGAAAUAGCCUUGGACCCUUGGAAAAUGAGGCCGACGCCCCUGCUGCACCUGGCGCUGCUUCUUGCCCUGCCCAGGACCCUGGCGGGGAAAGGGUGUCCGUCUCCCCCCUGCGAGUGCCACCAGGAGGAUGACUUCAGAGUCUCCUGCAAAGAUAUCCACCGCAUCCCCAGCCUGCCGCCCAGCACGCAGACUCUGAAGUUUACAGAGACUCAUCUGAAAACCAUUCCCAGUCAUGCAUUUUCAAAUCUGCCCAAUAUUUCCAGGAUCUACUUGUCAAUAGAUGCAACCCUGCAACGUCUGGAAUCACAUUCCUUCUACAAUUUGAGUAAAAUGACUCAUAUAGAGAUUCGGAAUACCAGAAGCUUAACUUCCAUAGACCCUGAUGCCCUAAAAGAGCUCCCCCUCUUGAAGUUCCUUGGGAUUUUCAACACUGGACUUGGAGUAUUCCCUGACCUGACCAAAGUUUAUUCCACUGAUGUAUUCUUUAUACUUGAAAUCACAGACAACCCUUACAUGACUUCCAUCCCUGCCAAUGCUUUCCAGGGGCUGUGCAAUGAAACCCUGACACUGAAAUUAUACAACAAUGGAUUUACUUCAAUCCAAGGACAUGCUUUCAAUGGGACAAAGCUGGAUGCUGUUUACCUGAACAAGAAUAAGUACUUGACAGCUAUUGACAAGGAUGCAUUUGGAGGAGUGCACAGUGGGCCAACCUUGCUAAAGAAUUUAAAGACCAAUGAUGAAGACCACAACCACUCAAAUUGGAGAUCUGCUACAAGGGAUGUCUCUUACACCAGCAUCGCUGCCCUGCCAUCCAAAGGCCUGGAGAACCUGAAGGAACUGAUCGCAAGAAACACGUGGACUCUAAAGAAACUUCCGCUUUCCUUGAGUGUCCUUCACCUUACGCGGGCUGACCUUUCGUAUCCAAGCCACUGCUGUGCUUUUAAGAAUCAGAAGAAAAUCAGAGGAAUCCUUGAGUCCUUAAUGUGUAAUGAGAGCAGUAUUCGGAGCCUGCGUCAGAGAAAAUCUGUGAAUGCUUUGAAUGGCCCCUUUGACCAGGAGUAUGAAGAGUAUUUGGGUGACAGCCAUGCCGGGUACAAGGACAACUCUAAGCUCCAGGAUACCCACAGCAACUCUCAUUAUUAUGUCUUCUUUGAAGAACAAGAAGAUGAGGUCCUCGGUUUUGGCCAGGAGCUAAAAUAUCCACAGGAAGAGACCCUACAGGCCUUUGAUAGCCAUUAUGACUACACUGUGUGUGGGGGCAAUGAAGACAUGGUGUGUACCCCUAAGUCAGAUGAGUUCAACCCCUGCGAAGACAUAAUGGGCUAUAAGUUCCUGAGAAUCAUGGUGUGGUUUGUGAGUCUCCUGGCUCUUCUGGGCAAUGUCAUUGUCCUGAUAAUCCUCCUCACCAGCCACUACAAACUCACUGUCCCACGCUUUCUCAUGUGCAACUUGGCCUUUGCAGAUUUCUGCAUGGGGAUGUAUCUGCUCCUCAUCGCCUCUGUAGACCUCUACACUCAUUCUGAGUACUACAACCACGCCAUCGACUGGCAGACAGGCCCUGGAUGUAACACAGCUGGCUUCUUCACCGUCUUUGCCAGUGAAUUGUCAGUGUACACACUGACAGUCAUCACCCUGGAGCGCUGGUAUGCCGUUACGUUCGCCAUGCGCCUGGACCGGAAGAUCCGCCUCAGGCAUGCAUAUGCCAUCAUGGUUGGGGGCUGGGUUUGCUGCUUCCUGCUCGCCCUGCUCCCUUUGGUGGGAAUAAGUAGCUAUGCCAAAGUCAGCAUCUGUCUGCCCAUGGAUACUGAGACGCCUCUUUCCCUGGCGUAUAUUAUUCUUGUUCUGAUACUCAACAUAGUUGCCUUUAUCAUUGUCUGCUCCUGUUAUGUGAAGAUCUACAUCACAGUCCGAAAUCCCCAGUACAACCCGGGGGACAAAGAUACCAAAAUUGCCAAAAGGAUGGCUGUGUUGAUCUUCACUGACUUCAUGUGCAUGGCCCCAAUCUCAUUCUAUGCUUUGUCGGCACUGAUGAACAAGCCUCUCAUCACGGUUACCAACUCCAAAAUCUUGCUGGUUCUCUUCUAUCCACUUAACUCUUGUGCCAAUCCAUUUCUCUAUGCUAUUUUCACAAAGGCCUUCCAGAGGGAUGUAUUUAUCCUGCUCAGCAAGUUUGGUAUCUGUAAACGUCAGGCCCAGGCAUACCGGGGCCAGAGGGUUUCUCCAAAGAACAGCAGUGGCAUUCAGGUCCAAAAGGUUACCCGGGACAUGAGGCAAAGUCUCCCUAACAUGCAGGAUGACUAUGAACUGCUUGAAAACUCCCAUCUAACCCCAAAUAAGCAGGGUCAAAUCCCAAAAGAGUAUAACCAAACAGUUUUGUAAGCUAAACCUACACUAGUUGCAGUGGUAGGGGGGACUCCUAAAAGGCUGGUUUCUUGAACAUGUAUUCCAAACCCAUUACAUACACCAGACAGCUGACCUAACCCUUGUGCAGGUGAUGUUUCAUGGGGCGAAAGUUCAUUUCUGGAGAGAGGAUAGCAUUACCACCUAAUCAUUACCUCCCAGAAGGAAAAGAGACUACCAGCACGUCUGAAUCCCAGUUGAUAUCAAAAUAACUGACACUUUCUAGAAGGUUUGCUUGAUGCUAACUACAGUGACAACAUUGUAUAAGAUGCUCAACAGAUAUCAACUGAAGCAGAUCAACACUGAGCUUCUCACCUGUAGACAGUAUUUCAUACUAAAGAUUUGGUAAAUGGCAAAUGCUAUUAACUUAGUUGGUGACUACAAGAUAAAAUUAGCCCCAGGUUGGCUUGGUCCACCUUCGUGUUCCUGGAUACAACCAAAGACAAUGUGAAUUCCUCGAAACUGAGAAGUCCAAAAGGAUACAUGCAUGGAGUAGCUGUUAUGAGGUGAAGGAGGGGAAAGGCUUAGCUUUGCGUCGUUUUUUCAAACUCUGAAACAAUUAAUCAUUUCUUCACAAGGAUCUACCCGAUGUGACCCAAUUAUUAUGUGUUUCCCGGAAAAAAAAAAAAAAAAAACUGGCAAGAUUUCAGCUAAUGUGGCUGAGCAAACUAAGAAUUGUUCUUCUUGGCUAGUCUCAUGGCAUAAAAGGCGUGAACUCUAAAAAUAUUUCUAAGUAGCUGCAAGUGGGAAUUAUGAACAGAGCACACUAAAUCACCCACUGAUUAAUAAAGCAGGCUGGACACAAGGUAACUGUUUGCCCUUGGGCAAAUCACAGGGCCACUUCUAAGUCUAGAAAUGAAAGAGCUUGAUGGCCUCUUCCAGGUUUAAAACUCAACAUAUAUCCCUUGCCCUUAAAACAUGUUUCCAUGACCAAAAAGAAAAGUGCUAAGAAAGAAGAAUCUGUUUUUCCUAUCUUGUACGACUGCCAUCUUUUUCUCUUUAGAGUCUAGACAUAUGACCCAGGAAAUUUCUUCUUUGUUUCUUUUUUGGUUAUGAUGUCUGAACAUACUGGUCUGGAUCUAAAUCAUUCAUCAAAUUAAUAGAUCUACACAGCUAUAAUUAUUAGGCCAAAAAGAGAUUGGUAUUCAUAUAAUAGAAUAAAAGGUGGUUUUACAAAUUUUUACUCUAUAGAGUUACUAUGUCACUGUUCAGAUUAACUUGAAAACAUUGAACUUGUCUUCAGGGAUUGGUUUCUUUACUUACUUGGUUCCAACCCACAAUAUGCACUAAAGCUAUCAAACACUCAAAUAAAGCAACACUAAAGCUAUCAAGAGAAGUUUCUUCUCUCUGACACUGCUCUUUCUAACCUGUUGAUCAUUGGGCAUAAUCUCUAUUCCCCAACAGUGCUCCCUUAUUUAAAAUGGUUAGGAUCAAUCUUCAUCCAUAGAUGUACUUUCCAGAUUAUCUGUCAAAAUAGCCCCUUAAUUUCAUCCCAAACAGAGAUGGCAUUUGCUUUACAGCUUUUGUUGUUUUAAGUCUGUAGAGUAGGAUUAGUGGGCCCAAUGGGCCCCCAGAGAUGGUUCCCCUGACUCACCUAAGAUAUCCCCAUAGCAAUACCCAUUUCUGAUUAUCACUGAGACUUGGAUGUCUUCGUAGAAAUAUUAUGCACACUUGAAAUCAUGACAUAUCCACCGUUCAUACAUCCAUUCACUUGUGACUAAUGAAACUAAAGAAACUAAACAGUUGUGUUAUUUUUUGGCAUGUGUUUCUCACCUGUGACAUUUUGAAAUAGUACAUCCUGAUAAAUAAUGUGUUUUAUCUUGAGUAGUUGAAAUAACACUUUGGAAACAGUCCUAGAAAAGUAAGUUCAACACCAUUAUUACUAAAAUUUGCAUUCACAACGUGAAAUAAAUUUUCUUCCUAUGAAAUGAUUGUGCUGAGUCCUAUAGUAAUGCUUUCACAAUUUGUGAGCUUCUUUUAGGGUCCCCAUUAUCUGUGUUACAACUCAAGACAAGAAGAAAACAAUUGGUAAAUUUGGUAUUGAAUUCAUAUUAAUAAAUAAAUUGCUGACUAAUAGUAACUUAAGUAUAAAAUUGCAUCUUGAUUAUAAAUGGUCUUUAUGUGAAAAACUUACUCAUGAUGAAUUGAAUUAUGAUUCACUGACAGGCAGCGAUGGCUAAGAGAAAAAUAUGAUUAGUAUUGACUUUGGGAAUUUAAAUAGAGCUCUAAUGAAGAUGACAAAUCUAUGCUACUUGGUCAGAGUUUAGUUUAUCUAGCAGCUUUCAACUAUCUGAAGAUAGACCCAAAUCACUAAGGAUAAAUGGCCUUUAACCAAUCACAGAGAUGUCACAAAAUUCAUGCCCUAAGUUUAUACAUGUUGCCCAAAGGAGUGUCUCUCAAAACACCCUCAAAGUCUAUUAAUUCUUGCUUGUUGGAUAAUCUACUUUUUAUAUCAGAAAGAACCAAUUAGAAGAAAAGAGUGUAAUUCAGAGCAGCACCAUGAGAGUGUCAAUAAGGCAAAAAUGAGGACCAAAAAUGAAAACUAUAAUCACAAGAAUUCAAACCAAUAACAGUUUGAGAAGAAAUAUUCUUAACUGCUUAGAGUUUGAGGGUGGGGGGCAGAAUGUAUUGUAACACAACAGAGUGAUUCUUAUCCUGAAUACUAAGGGGACAAGAAAAACUGGGUAGCAAUGCAUCCUGUUUUGGAAGAUAGAAAAGUUCUAGCUCAGAGGAGUGAGCUGAGUCCUGGCACCUACCAACCUUCUUCUUUCAAAUUCCACUGAAAUAACAGUGAAAAAGCAUAAAAUGGGACCAAGCCAAAACUAUACUGUGAACAGGAGGAGUGACACCUACAACAGACUGAAGUCUCUGGUGGCUUUCUGGAAGAUGGAGAGUCCAUGACCUGGAGUUGAUGGAUAACAGAGUGGACAAGGCUGCAGCUGGAACACAGUGACUGGAUAAGGCAGCUGUGGAAAGAUGUGUUCCUCCCUCCAGAGUCCCAGAGAGACCCCAAAGCCUGAAAUCACAUGACUGAGGGGCUAACUCGGGUAAUGAAUUGGAAAUCUGUCUCUCAUGGCCACCCCAUUGCCUCUCACUACAUCAGUUAAAACAACUGACACAUUCAGUGUUUGCCCCAGGCUGAAAUCAAAAAAGUGAUCUUAAAGGAAAUGAGUGAUCAGUGCAGAUGGGGCCAAGCUCCUGGUCUGGGGCUGG